AUGCCAUCACAAUCAUCAGCCCCGUCCUGGCGAACGGCCUUUCUCGCGCGCCUCGAGCACCUCACCUUUGCCUGGUUCACAUCCUCCAUGUCGCUCGGAGGAAUCGCCAACCUCCUCCUCUCCCGCAUCAUUGACUCCACCCCGCUCUUCUACGUCGGUACCACACUCUACCUUCUCAACCUCCUCUACAUCCUCAUCCUCGUCUCGCUGCAGAUUGCACGCUUCACCCUCACACGCGCCUCGCUGCGGUGGACGCUGUCGCAUCCGCUCGAAUGCUGUUUCGUGCCGACGGUGCUGCUUGCGUGUGCGACUUCGAUCAACGGUCUCGCGCUCAUCCUUGGUGACCUCCCCGCUCGUGGAUGGGAGAUGGUCCUUCGCGUCCUCUUCUGGGCCUACUUCACCUCGAGCCUCUUGAUCAGCCUUGUGUGCUACACGUCGCUUUUCAGCCGGGGGGAGCAGAGCCUGCAUCACAUGUCUCCAGCAUGGGUGUUACCCAUCUUCCCGCUCAUGCUGUGUGGCUCCGUCGCCGCGGUGGUGGUCCCCACCCAAACCCCCACCGCAGCGCUAGCGAUGGCCAUCGGCGGUCUCACCUGUCAAGGUCUCGGCUUUGGUGUAUCGUGCAUGAUGUAUGCGGUGCUCCUGCUGCGGUUGAUGACCGAGGGGUGGCCACCGGCAAAAGCACGACCUGGGCUUUUUAUGAAUUGCGGUCCACCGGCGUUCACCAUCCUCUGCCUGCUCGGGCUCAACAGCGAAGCGGGUCGGAUUCUGCCGGUGUCGGGGACGCAGUGGGGUCCAUUGGCAGGGCAGAUGCUCGCAGUGAUGGCCACAGUUACAUCGAUAGCGCUCUGGAUGCUGUCUGCUUGGUUCUACCUGCUGACCCUCGCAUCUUUGGUGCAGCUGGUGUGGGAUCGGGAGGAGAGAGCCAGGAUGGAGUUCAUGCUUGCUUGGUGGGCAAGCGUGUUUCCGAACACCGGAUUUGCGAUGGCAACGAACGAGCUGGGCACCGUGCUAGGGAGCAGCGCGGUGAGGGGCGUGGCCAAGGGGAUGGUCGUCUGGCUGCUGAUAGUGUUCAUCGGGGUGGCGGUGAUGCAUGUCAGAGCGGUGGUGAGGAGGGAGAUCAUGGUGGAGGGCAAGGACGAGGAUCGGGUGAUCGAUACCAUGUUCCAUCGCGAUCUCACGGGGGAUGUCGAGAGUGGGAGGACGGAAAAGCGGCCUGAGCAUGCACAGCGAGAGAAAGAGGAGGAAGAAGCACACAGCCCCUACUCAAGCCCUCCGACGUACCCCUCGACUCCUGCGGUGUCGGUAAGGAAACUCGACAUGAAGGAGCCGGAAGGACAGGACGAUAUCACGGCUGAGGAUUCAUCGCCGUCGUCAUCGACAGCACACACCCCCUGGUCGUCGCAGCUGCGAAUGACUCCGCUCGCCCCGUCAUCGUCUCAUUGA